AUCCAAAUUCUUCAUUUCCCCUUUCUCUCUCUCUAAGACGCUACGCUCUUUCUAUCUCUAAACUCAUAUCAAUGGCGUCUGCGAACAACCCUACUACUUUCCAGCCGCCGUUGCCAUCACGCCGACCAACAGCGUAGAAGGCCUGCACCUCUGUCUAUAUAUCUCUCCAUAUAUCUUAUUACAGCUGGCACAGGAAUGAUCUACUGCUGGUUUUUUAUUUGACUAAUACUUCUAAAGUCUUAUGGAGUAGGGCAUGUAGUUUGGAUUUCAGUUGGGCAGUUAUUCUAAUUUGUGGCCGUAGGGACUUCCAUUGUUUGCUAAUGGCAGAAGACAGCCUGAGGAUUGGUGGUCUUUCUUCUGGCUUAGCAGUGGUAUUGAACAGUGAGGGCAGGAAAGAUAGUUCUCAGAGAAAUCGACUUGUCUCAUGUUGUAAUGAUUUUGGUCAUCAGUCAGUUGAAAGAACUCUUGAACACAUAUUUGAUCUCCCAUAUAAAACUGUUAAACCUCUCUCUUGCUCAGUGGAUAUUACAGUUGUUCGUUCAAUAAUAAAAAAUGAGUUUUUAAAAUAUCAUUUAGACCUGAAGACUGAAAAUGAAGGCUGCUGGGAUGGAGUUUUGACUGUUGGUGACAACUCCCAAUCUCACACUGUAAGAAUAGAAGAAUCAAGCAUAUUUGGUGACAUUCGAAUAGUUAAACCACCUUUGCUUGUGGAGAGUCAUUCCGUGUUCAGUAGUGUGAGGGCCAAUGCCUCAGUCUGGAAAGGAAAAUGGAUGUAUGAAGUAACACUUGAAACUUGUGGUAUUCAACAGUUAGGGUGGACUACUCUUUCUCAUCCAUUUACUGACCACACGGGUGUUGGGGAUUAUGAUGAUUCUUAUGCUUAUGAUGGGAAACGGGUUAGUAAAUGGAAUAAAGAAGGCCAAUCUUAUGGUCAGCCAUGGGUUGUUGGUGAUGUAAUUGGGUGUUGCGUAGAUUUGGACUGUGACUAUAUAUCAUUCUAUAGAAAUGGUGUUUCACUUGGUGUGGCAUUUAGUGGAAUUAGAAAAAUGGCUCCUGGAUUGGGCUAUUAUCCAGCAAUUUCUCUUUCUCAAGGUGAACGGUGUGAGCUGAAUUUUGGAGCUGUCCCUUUUAAAUAUCCUGUUAAAGGAUUCUUGCCUAUUCAGGCACCCCCCUCCACAAAGACUCUUUCUACCCAUUUACUUAAUUGCUUUGCAAGGCUAGUUGAGACACAUCGCAUGGAAAGAGCUGAAUAUGGAUCUGUUGAGAAAUUGCGAUUGAAAAGGUUUGCGCCAUUUGAAGAACUUUCUCCGCCUGUCUUCCGGGGAUUAUGUGAAGAGUUAUUCUUAUCACUUGGUGCUGAAGCUGGGAGUGCAAAGUAUGUAGCUUGGGGCCCACUUUUAUCAUUAAUGAUAGAAAUCUUUAGGAUGCAGCCACCACAUGACUAUACUAGUUUGGACAGAUUGCUUGACUCCUUGCUAGAUUUCCCAGAAUCAAGACUGUUAUUUGAACACAUUAUAGAUGCUCUUUCAUCCUUCUGCAAAACAGCACAAUUGUCCCUUACAGAGUGUCCGUAUUCAGGAUCAUAUACCUAUCUUGCAUUGGCAUGCCACAUUUUAAGGCGGGAAGAAUUGAUGAUUUUAUGGUGGAAGUCUUCAGACUUUGAACUCUUGUUUGAAGGUUUCCUAUCACAGAAGGGUCCUAACAAGCAGGACCUCCAGGGUUUGAUUCCUUCUGUGUGGUGGGCUGGUUCAUGUGAGGACAUGUCCUGUGAGGCUAGCUUGAUGCUGACAACUAAAGCUUUAUCUGAAGCAGUCAAAAAGGUUGAAGAGAAGCAAAGGGAUCUCUGCUGCCUGGUCAUGCAAUUCAUACCACCUACAUCACCUCCUCAGUUACCUGGCUCAGUCUUUAGGACAUUUUUACAGAACCUUUUACUAAAGAACAGGGGUGCUAACCGUAAUUUGCCACCAACGGGUGUUUCAAGCAACUCUGUACUUGUCUCUCUGUUUACGGUCAUACUCCAUUUUUUAUCUGAAGGGUUUGCCAUAGGGGAUAUAUGUGGCUGGAUGAAGGGCUGUGGAGAUACUGGUGUUGGCUAUCUUCACAAAGGUGGUCAACAAAGUUUUCCUGUAGGCUUGUUUCUGAAAAAUGAUCCUCAUCGAGUUGACAUUCCCAGGCUUGGAGGUUCAUAUGUUCACCUAACAAAAUCCCACCCCAUUAAUGGAGACCAAGAUGAAGUUGUUCGGUGGGAAGAAGGGUGUACAGAUGAUGAAGAAGCUAGAGUGACACAUCUAAGUAAGAAUAAGCCUUGUUGUUGUUCCACUUUUGUUACUGAUUUUCCAAGAAGCUCAAAGGACCCAGUCAGACAUGUUCCAAAAGGUUCCCGUGGACCCCACUGCAGCUCGAUUCCAGAAAGAUCUUCUCAUCUUGCUGCAGAAUGUAGUGCUGGAAGUCUGAAUGAUGACGUAGCAGACAAACCUAGUACAAGUGACCAGCCUGUGUCAGAGUUUGGUUUUCGGCCUGUGCAGCAGAUGAAGAUUGUGUCCAGGGAGAACAAUUUGUCCUCAACAACACUCAAGGAAGAGGAGCUUUUAGAUGCCAUGCUGCUGUUGUAUCAUUUGGGCCUUGCACCAAACUUUAAGCAGGCAUCAUCAUACAUGUCUCGACAGUCACAGUCAAUCUCUUCACUUGAAGAAACUGACAAACAAAUCAGAGAAAGAGCAUGUGGGGAGCAAGUGAAGCGCUUGAAGGAGGCUCGCAGUGUCUAUAGAGAAGAAGUAAUGGAGUGUGUCAGACAUUGUUAUUGGUACCGCAUUUCCCUGUUUUCUCAGUGGAAGCAAAGGGGAAUGUAUGCAGCAUGCAUGUGGAUUGUUCAACUGCUUUUUAUUCUUAGCAAAGUUGAUUCAAUCUUUAUCUAUGUUCCUGAAUAUUAUUUGGAAACUCUGGUUGAUUGCUUUCAUGUGCUUCGAAAGAGUGAUCCUCCUUUUGCCCAUCCUACAAUUUUCAUCAAGCAAGGACUUGAAUCAUUUGUCCCUUUUGUUGUAACCCACUUCAAUGAUCCAAGGAUAUCUAGUGCAGAACUAAGGGAUCUUCUUCUUCAAUCUAUUUCUGUCCUUGUACAAUACAGGGAAUUUUUAGCUUCUUUUGAAUCCAAUGAAAUGGUUAUGCAAAGGUUGCCAACAGCAUUAUUAUCUGCAUUUGAUAAUAGAUCUUGGAUCCCAGUCACAAAUAUUCUUCUGCGGUUAUGUAAGGGUUCUGGUUUUGGCUCUUCAAAGCACGGAGAGUCGUCAUCAUCGUCGUCAUCAAUCAUAUUUCAGAAAUUGCUGUGGGAGGCUUGCACGCACAACAAAGAACUAUUUUCAGCUUUUCUAAAUCGUCUGUUCAACACCCUGAGCUGGACAAUGACUGAAUUCUCUGUUUCAAUUCGAGAAAUGCAAGAAACUUACAAGGUAUUGGAGUUUCAACAGAGAAAAUGUGGUAUCAUAUUUGAUCUGUCCUGCAAUCUUGCAAGGUUACUAGAGUUUUGUACACUUGAGAUGCCUCAAGCUUUUUUACUAGGUGCUGAUACAAACUUGCGAAGGCUUACUGAAGUGUUCAUCUUUAUACUAAAUCACUUAAUUACUGCAGCGGAUCCAGAUCUCUUUGACCUCUCCUUGCGGCGGCCUGGUCAGUCCCCGGAAAAAGUGUACAAAGGCAUGAUAUUAGCACCUCUAGCUGGAAUUAUUCUAAAUUUGCUUGAUGCUAACAAGCAGAUGACUGAGGUGCAGAAUGAUAUUGUUACAAUAUUUGCCAACAUGCACUGCCUUGAUACUGUGAUAUGUGGAUUUCAGUCACUGUUAGACUACAACUGGGCUAGCAUAUUCAGGGGGGACGAUUACAUUCCAAAACUCCGGCAGCUAGAGAAGUUUUCGAUGCUGCUGAUAUGUCAAUCCGAUUUGCAUGAUGCUGAGAAGAAGGGAUACGAGGGAGAUGCCGGUUACGAAGAUAGUGUAUGCUGCAUCUGCUAUGCAAGUGAAGCAAACACGCGGUUUGUGCCAUGUUCCCACGUUUCUUGCUAUGGCUGCAUUACCAGGCACCUGCUGAAUUGCGAUAGAUGCUUCUUCUGCAAUGCUACAGUCACAGAAGUCGUCAAGACUGAUGCAUAAAGAAAGAAAGAGGCUAUUGAUGGGAAGCACCAAAUAGCAGAACCAUGUAUUUGUUUAAACAAGGUUUUUUUAAGGCUAGAUACUACAGUGUACUAAUAGAUGUACGGGGUAAAAGAUACAAGGGGAUAAAAAUAUGUUAUGGUUACAAAUUUUUGUAGGGUACAAAGAGGGCAUUAUUUAUUGUAAAUAAACGAGGUUUAAUGAAAAGGAAAUCCUUUUUUUGUGGAGUAGUUUUUU